AUGUUUGCUCCAAGAUCUUCAAGGCCCACUACUGUCGCUAUUUAUCCAUCAAAAAGUGGUGCGCUCCGUCGAAAAAAGAAAGGCGAAAAUGUAACACCUGCCAUUGAACUUGAGCGCAUACUUGGGUUAACAGCUUCAAAAUCAACUGCAAUAUCAACAGCACCUACACAUGAUCUUAUAGCUUAUGCAGCUGGCUCUGUCGUUGUAUUGUAUAAUCACAAGAAAAACAAACAAGUUGGCUUUUUACACGCAUCGUCGGCAGUGACUUCUGCUCCAUCUCCGACCCCUACAAAUUCAAAUAAUCGGCAUACUAUUGUUGGAGAUCCUAUGAUGAAUCCUCUGGGUGCUUUGGGGUUAUUAGAGCCACCGGGCACGAACGCAAGUGGAAAUGCUUCUUCUAAGAAGCCUGCAGUGAGCAAUAAGGCAAAACCAAUAUCAUGUCUUGCCUUUUCUCCUGAUGGUAAUUACUUAGCUGUCGGAGAGACUGGUCAUCAGCCUCGUAUAUUAAUAUGGGAUGUGUCAACAAAGACUCUGGUUAACGAACUUAAAGGUCAUAAAUAUGGUGUAUUGGCAUUAGAAUUUUCUCCAAAUAUGAAAUGGAUUGUCUCUUUGGGUUUUCAAGUCCACACUUUAGCAUUUAAUAGGACUGGUUCUUUUUUUGUAACGGCUGGCUUGAGGCAUGUGAAAUAUUGGUAUUUCGAUUCUAAUGGAAAUUUACCAAAAAAAGCUGCGGGACAAUCAAUACAAAAAACUGCGCAAGUACUUGAUGGGCGAUCUGGUAUUCUAGGCGAUUUAAGAGAUAACAAUUUUCUCGACGCUGCAUGUUGUCAGAAAUCAGAUCACACUUAUUUCGUAACUUCAAAUGGAUUGUUAUGUAUGUUCACAGAAGGUAGAUUAAUGGACAAAUGGGUUAAUUUGCAGGUCAAAAGCGCCUAUUCUAUCGAUGUGAGCCAACAAUAUAUCAUAUGUGCCUGUUCAAAUGGAAUUGUCAGAUUAUUUGAACCAAUAACACUGAAUUAUCUGGGUACUUUACCAAAACCACAUCCUUUGGGUGUGGAUUUAACCCUACAGACAGGAUCAACAUAUGGAACUGGUGAUCCGAAUGAUACAUAUCCGGAUACAACAGCUAUAAAAUUUGAUGCGGAAACAGGAAAACUUACAUGUAUAUAUAGUGAUCGUAGUCUUUUUAUAUGGGACAUAAAAGACGUAAAAAAAAUUGGAAAAUAUAGAAGCUUUCUAUACCAUUGUGAUACUAUUUGGGGUGUAGAGAUGAUACCACCCCGCGAUACUGAGGAUGACGCGUCUCCGCUUCCAGAAAAUACUUUCGUCACUUAUUCCGCUGAUAGUACUAUCAGAUUUUGGAAUUUUGACGGAUCUGCUAACUCGACUGGUUCAAACGUUGCUUCUGCAGGAAGUAACAACACCACUUUAAAAAGAAACAUUUAUAGCAAAGAAUGUAUGAAAAUUAUUUAUGUGGAUCCAGAAGGAAAAUAUCGUUCAAGCGCUUUGGAAACAAAAAAUGAUAAAUCUGAUUCUACAGAACAGCUUAGUUCUUCUGCCGUGGAAUCAGGGAUUCGUACUCUAAAAAUUAGUCCUGAUGGAAAACUGAUGGCAUCUGGAGAUCGUGGUGGAAAUUUAAGGGUACAUGAUCUUGAUACUUUUAAAGAGAUUACAUAUCAGGAAGCACAUGAUGCAGAGAUCUUGACAAUUGAAUUUACUGACAGACGAAUGCCUGGUGAUCGUGAUAGAAUCUUACACGUCUUUGAUGUUAAUAAUAGUUUUCAAUUGAUUCAAACUUUGGACGACCAUUCUUCGUCUAUAACCGCCAUAAAGUUCACUAAUGAUGGUGGAAAGUUGAUCAGUUGUGGUGCAGAUAAGAGUAUCAUAUUCAGAAGUCGACAAAAUGGAAUGAAUAAUAAAGGAGGAUUAGAAUUAGAAAAAUUGUAUAGAGAAAUUCAUUAUAAAGAUAAUGUUAAAAUAGGAUCGGGUGAUUCCCCAAGUUAUGUGCCAUACCAUAAUAUCUCUGGAAGGGCAACUGUAUUUGAUAUGGACAUUGAUAUAUCAAAUCGAUACAUAGCCACAGUAUCAGGAGAACGUAGACUAAAUGUUUACCAUAUUGAUACGGGUAAAAAUGUGCGUUCAUACAAAUCUGAUACACCCGAAGAGGUCAAUACUGCAGAUCAAGGAAGCUUACUCAGAAUUUCUUUGGACCCUGGCGGCGUACAUGCUGUAACUGGCGGGUCAGAUAAAAGUAUUCGACUUUUUGAUUUCACUAAUGGUUCGAUAUUGGGCAAAGUGCUUGGCCAUUCAGAAUUAAUUACUGGAGUAAAGUUUACUUCAGACUGUGAACGCGUUAUUUCAACCUCUGCGGAUGGCUGUAUAUUUGUGUGGAAAAUAUCGGAUGAAUUGGUUUCAAAGAUGCGACAAAAAUGGCUGGAUAGAAGUGGAGUUAGUGGUUUGGUUGAAAAGACAUCACCUAUUAUGAGAGAUUAUCCUUCAUCACAAUCAUCAAUACCACCACCAAUUCAACCUAGGACUACUAUGCCAGCACAAAAAUCGCAAUCACUUAUGGUGGAUCUUCAACAAUCAUCAAAUGAUGAUCAAGAAUUAGGUUUUUCUGUUCGUCGAGCAACAAAUAAUUUAAAAAUCAAAAAAUCUUAUUCAUCACUCUCUGCAAUGGAGCAUCAAAAUGAAGACAACACGAAAAAAUUUGUCGUUAAAAGACCUGUAUCAUAUGCAAAUGAUGGAUCAUCGCAGCCGAAAUCUACUCAAUCAACCACAGCGACUAGAUUUUCAUUAGAUCAAAGUAAGCUGCCUACGGCUACAUCAUCGUCACCUAGUAAUACGACGGGGUUAACUACGCCACCAAACACCCCAACUCCUUUAAAUUCAGCAAGGAGAGAAUCUUGGAAGAUUGGUUUACCUAGUUGGGCGAAAAAGGCUUUCAAAGAAAAGGAAGAAGAAAAACGUCUCAAAGAUAAUGUUUCAAAUAGCAGCAACACUCAUAUACCUACUGUUACAUUUUCUACUAGUCAAGUGCAGGACAAUAGUAACUCACUUAAUAUGGAAAAGAAGCUACCAGCAAUUCCAAAGCCUUUAAACAGGAGUAAAUCGCAAAGCAAAUUACGUCAGGAUGCAACAAAAUCAUUAUUGGGUAUAGAACCUGAAAAAAAUGAAUCAAAACCUGUAGAGGAUCAAGAAAUCAUUGCAGAGGAUUCAUGUAAUGAGGACAAUGAAACUAUAUACGUCGAAUCUCCAGAUGAAUUGGAAGGGGCGGAUGAUAAUGGAAAUAUAUCAUCUAAGAGACGUCGGAGUAGUUUUAAUGGAAGUAUUAAAAUUGUGGAAUUUGGUGGUGAUCGUCCAAAGUCAUCAUCUGGAAGUGAAAAAGAUAAUGAUGUUGAUUCUAGUGCCUUGGAAAAUGACAAUGAAGAAAAUGACGUGGAGGAGGAUAUAGAGAGUACAGAAGAAAAUGUUCAAAAAUUAGAAGAUUACUUAAAUAUUGACACGAAACGCGUAAAAAAUGAAAAUGGGCAUGCCAGUGUAGAAAAUGAAGGAAAUUCAACUUUGGACAAUAAUGCAAAAAAGAGGCAAAGCCUGACCAUGAAAUUCUACACAGGAAGUCAACGAAAUUCCAAUGAUUCAAAUGGCAAUAAUAGUUUGAUCGAUGCACUGACCAAAAUUAUAGGUAAUCAAGAAUUAGUCAUAAGAGAGGAUGAGGGUGGCAUUAUGGAAGCUUUAGAAGCUUUGGAAAAAAAGUCUAAGGAGAUUGAUGAUCAUAGUCUUGGGCAAGAAUCUGAUAAAAGACCAUCGAUAAUUUAUUCAACACCAUCGUCCCCAGCUACUCCAACUGAAGAAACUGCCGAUGAUGUAAACUUAAAACGCUUUAUUGAUCAUAAAAAUAAUGAAGAAAUUAAAAAUGAGAAUAUUCCACUAUCUAUCGAUAACCAAGACGGAGAUGACAACGAAUCAUUUGUUAAUGAUAGUGAUUUAAAGGCUGACGGUCUUGGCAUUUCGAUUUCUAAAGGAUGCCAAAAUAACAAUGAUAAUGAACUCGAUGCUAAUGUAACCAACCGAUCAAGUAUAGAUGAAAUUAAUGAAGAUAGCAUUAUGGAAGAUGUGCUAACUAUGACAGUACUUUUAGAACGAACUCUUUUAGCAUACAAAAAAGUAUCUUUGCCUUCCUCAAAAAAUGAAGGUAUGGCAAAAUUGAUUUCUGAGAGCUUGAAUGGGAUGAUGGAUGAUAUACGUAAGUGUAUUGAAGUAAACGAAGAGCUAACAAAUAAUCAUGUAUCCGAGUCUACAAAGAGCCGGAUCAAUGUUCCGGAAAUUGUUGAACCUGGACAUGAUACAUAUCGUGAUGAAAAGGAUAUAGAAUCCAAAACGCAAAAUCUUUUAGAAAAAUAUUCUGAUCUAUUAGUAAAAAUGGUCGAAGAAAAAAUGGUCGCAAAAACCAAAGAAACCAAAGUAAAUGUAGACGAAUCAACAACAUCCAGUAUUAAUGAUAACACAUUAACGGUGGGUACACCUGCUGUUAACGGAAAGUAUACCAAACCAACUAAAAGCGGAAUGAUACCAGUUAUUCGAACUAAGGUUAAAAAGUAA